UCAGGGGGCCAAGGAGAGAGAGAGAGAGAGAGAGCGCGUGCGCACGAGAGAGAGAGAGAGAGGUGGGAAAGCGCGCGCCUGCCCGCGCGCCCCCGAAAGAAGGGAAAAAAGAGAGAGAAAAAGAAGAAAGCUAUUGAGAUUGAGAAGUGUAUAAAGCGGCCGUGCGGGCGGGCGCGCUAAACAAGAGAGAGAGUAGUACUCGCGAAGUAGUGAAAGGCGCGCGGGCGGGCGAAUAGUUUUGUGAGGGGGAGGAGUGAGUAAAUAAUAAAAAAAAAGAACAGAAGAAGAAGAAAAAAAGGAGGAGGAGAGGAGGAGGAGGAGGUGCUGGGCAGCUGUCUGGGGACGACGACGACUACGACGACGAGUGGAUCCCCAGCCCGUUGUUGUUGUGAGGCGGCUCGCCCGUUGGGCCAAGGAGCGGCCAAAAGGGAGGAAGAACAAGAAGAAGAAGGAGGAAAAGAGGACGAUUAAUCCUCCUCCCUCUAACCCCCUCUGCCUCCUCCUCCUCCUCUGAGAUGGCUUCUGUAUAGGAGCGGAUCAGCUGUGACAGUUAGUGCCUCACUUUUCCAGAGAAAUUCCAGUCCUGUCCUGCCUGUGUGCUUCUUCCCACAAUUCACCUCAAUGCCUUCACGGGUGUAUAAACUGGUCAGCGGCAUCUUCCUGUCUCAUUCUCUCUCCAGUCUGUAAUAGACUGGUAUCCAGGCAUUGUGGGGGGGGACAGUUGUUGUUGAUUUUCACCCCCCACCCCACCCACAGAAGAGUGAAGGCUGUCUCCAUCUGACAAUGAUGAAGACUGAAGGCAAAGGAGAGAGGACUUUAAGAAGUGCUUCUCCACACAGAAAUGCCUAUAAAGCUGAUUUUCAUGCCAUUAAGUGCAGUUUUGAUUCAGUAAAUGCCGAUAAUACUGCAAACAAAUCUGGUCCUCAGCAAAAGCUGACCAGCUCAUCCAAUGGAGGAGGUAAUGACUCACAUGUUCGUGGCAGAGCUGCCACUUACGGCAACAGAGUACACAAGAUCAAGAACAUGUUCAUGCAGAUGGGUGGCUCUUCCACUCCAUCAUGUGAAAACAGCCCACCAUCUGAGCCAAAAGCCAUUGUAAAAACAGUGCCGACGGAUCCUUCUCCCCCUUCUCCCAGCAGUCCACCUUUUCUCUCUGUUCAGAAAAAUAACCACCUCAUUACUGGUCCUGUUCCCUUCAGCAGCCCUCAGGAUUCUUUACCUUCUGCUUCUCUCAAUGAUAAAAUUAUUUGCAGCAGUGAUGAAGGAAAUUUAGAUAAAGCUGCCCUGGCAGAGAAGUUUUCAGAGACAAGAAAAUUAUUUGAAAGGAACAUAAAAAAGCCAUGUUUAUUGGACAAAGGUCCUCCUAACAAAACAGAAAGGGCUGAAGAAAAGAGGAGGCACGGCUCUGCCUCUUCAUCUGACAGUAGUAAUGUAGCAGAUCACUUUAAUUUCAGUACUGAUGUGAGUUCUCAGGUUGCCAUAGAAAAAACAGAGAGCGAAGGAAGCAGUGAGCACAAGCAACAACAAUCCAUUGGUAGCUGUAGAUCCUCACUGAAUGCUGGACCCAUUUCUAGAAGACUUGAGAGUUUUUUAGCUGAUAGUGACAGUGAGGAAUCCAAAGACACUCUGAAGAAUGAGAGCACAUCAAGCCCUGUCCAGACUGUGUUCUGCAGCUGGGAAUUACCAGGGGUUAGAGAAGACCUAUGCAUGAAGCAGAAUCAGUGUAUUGCAGAACAUGCCCUUUUGAGCAGCACAAGGGAUGAUCCAAGAAAGACCACUGAAAGAGAUGCAGUAACUUCAGAAAGAGACCAGAAGUAUACAACCACCACAUCCAAUAAAGUGGAUAGAGCCCCCAUAAAAAUCUCCCAAGUAGAAGUAGUUAGAGCUGAAUUAAUUAUGGUGCAGAACAAAACUUUAGGGGGUAACAGUGAAAUUGUGGGGGAAGUUAAUGUCUGUCAGAAGGAGAAACAACUGCGACUUCCAAGUUGGGAGGAAGAAGAAAAGGGCCUUAUAUCUGAGGAAAUGGAGGAACUUAAUGUAUGCAAAGAUGACCUUAAUUUGUGCAGUGAGGCCAAUCAGACAGAAGUAAAAGAAGUAGCAUCUUUGGAAGAAGAUCAUACAAGAGAGCAGGUCCAUAAAGAACCAAUAGGCAAUAGUGAAGAUGAAGAUGAAAAUCAGGAGGUACAACACAGAGAGAAUUUUAAUGAAUUUAGUUCCAGUGUUUUUGGAAUUGAGAAUGCAGCUUUUGAUGAUGACAGAGAAACAGACUCAUAUGCUCAGGGCCCUGAAGGAGAGGAAACUUUGCCAGAGGAGGAGUAUAACUAUGAUAGUGACUAUGAGGAAUUUCCUGGACUUUCUGAGGAGGAAGAGCCAGAUCCAGAGAGGAAAGUGAAGUUUUCCACAGCACCUAUCAAGGUGUUCACUACUUAUUCAAAUGAAGACUAUGAUAGACGUAAUGAAGAGGUUGACCCUGUGGCAGCAUCAGCAGAAUAUGAACUUGAGAAAAGGGUGGAAAAAAUGGAGGUUUUUCCUGUGGAAAUUGAAAAAGGUGACAGUGGCUUAGGUAUCAGUAUAAUCGGAAUGGGCGUUGGUGCAGAUCAGGGCCUGGAAAAGCUGGGAAUUUUUGUAAAAACAAUAACUGAAGGUGGAGCUGCUCAGAAAGAUGGUCGAAUCCAAGUAAAUGAUCAGAUUGUUGAAGUUGAUGGUAUAAGUCUUGUCGGGGUUACCCAAUUUUUUGCUGCAACUGUACUAAAAAAUACAAAAGGCACCGUCCGGUUUCUAAUUGGCAGAGAAAAACCAGGAACUCAGAGUGAAGUAGCUCGUCUUAUCAGUGAAACAUUGGAACAAGAGAGAUGUUUAUAUGAGCAGCAAUAUGCCCAAGAUGAUACAGAACAGGAUGAUGAUUAUGAUGAUGAAGAUGAUUCUUUUGAGUCACAUUUACAUGGAAAAUCUGUGGAAGUAUUUUACCUUCCUGAAAAUGAAGAUAUCAAUUUGCCAUUAGAUAUGGAUUCCACACAGUUUCUGCUAAAAUUUAAAGAGUUACAGUUAAAACAUGCAGUUACGACUGCUGAAGUUAACCAGCUUAAGGAAAAGUUAAAAGCAUCUGAAGCUGAAAAGAUUGAAUGGGAAUUAAGUAAAUCACAGCUCCAGGAAACAUUAGAUGAGAACAAAGAAAAAAUAAAGAAGUUGGAGACCUAUUGGUUAGAAGCACAAAGCUUAUGUAAAACAGUAAAUGAGCAUCUUAAGGAAACUCAGGAACAAUAUGAUGCCCUGGAGAAAAAAUACAACAAAGCCAAGAAAUUGCUUAAGGAAUAUCAGCAGAAAGAAGUAGAACUUAUGAAAAAAGAAGAGGAUCAUAAAAAGAUUCUUGAAGAGAGGAACCAGGAACAUGCAAAUCAACUCAAAGCAAUGCAGGAGAAGAUGACAGAGCUUGAAGAUAAAUUAAAAAUAUAUGAGAAGCUUCCUUACAUGUUUGGAAAUAACAUUUUGUUAGAAACUGACACUCCAGAUCCUGAAAAAUUGACGGAAAAGUUUGAAGUUAAAGAUGAUAUUCUGGAAAUUGAAUCUUCAGUGGAAAAAUUAGAUUUUUCUGAUUUUGAUAACUUUGUUGGAGACACACCGAGGUUAGACACAAGUGCACAUAAAGCAAAAGCUCAGCUUGCCUUGAAAGUAAAACGUCAGCCACCUUCUCGGUCAAAGUUAAAAGAGUCUCUUGGAGCUGGACAAAAAGAUAUAAAUUCACAGAGUGUGGAUGAUAAUAAUGGUGAGACAGAGGAAAAUAGUGGGAUUGGUUCUUCAACGGUCACAGAGAAGAUCACUUCAUCACAGCAGAGUGAUACAGAUCAAAGCACUGAUAAACAUGAAUGUGGUGAAAGUACUGAAAGUUUAUUAGAAUCAAGUCCAUCAGUUUCUGUGAAUUCUUCUCCAGUUUAUAAACCACACACAGAAAGUAAUCCUGGAGUAACUCAACCGGCCCAUAAUGAUGAUACUACUCCAAAUUCUCCUUCAGGAUACUGUCGAAAUGUAAAGUACAGAGAAUCAAAAGGAAAAGGAAAAGUGAACAAAGACAAUUUUAAGCUUUUUUUUAAUGAAAAAUGUAUUUAUACAAGGUGUCUUAUAUCAACAUUGUCAUUCAACACAGAUGGAAAAAAAAGUGAAGAAAAGAUUGACUCAAGUGAAAGUGCUUCAGUGGGAAAGUCCAAAAGGCGUUUUCCAGAUUUUGGAGGGCUAAGAAAAUCUGGUGGUAAAGGCAAGAAACAAGAAAAAGAAAAUGCAAGGGGUUCUCUGGAUAGCCGGGGGUCCAGAGAACUACUGGAAGAUUCAGUCAACAAUUUGUCCGCAUCAGAUUCAGAUUCUCCAAUUCCCACUUGUAUGCCUUUUUCUUGGUUUGGAGACAGCCAUAAAGAACAUAGUUCUAGUAGUACUCUGAGCUUUUCCCAAGGUGGGCAUGAUGUCUUUGAACAGAGCCAAGAAAAGAAUAGAAGCAAGAGUAGAAUUGUCAUAGAUGAUUCAUGCCAUAGCAAGCCAAGUUGUGAUCUGUCAGGGUUAGUGACAGAACCAAAUCUUUCAGGGCGUUCACACACUUUAACCUUCUCUUCAAAUGAGGCUUUAGAUGAUGAGCCAUUAACUACAGGGAAACAAAACCAGUGGCACAGUAGACCCAUUUCUGAGUGGACAAACCAACAGGUAUGCCAUUGGCUAAUGGGAAUGAACAUGGAGCAGUAUAUUGCAGAAUUCACAGUCAAGAAUAUUGAUGGACAACAGUUGAUGCUGCUUGACAGUGAUAAAUUGAAGACGCUUGGAGUAUGCAGUCAAAAUGACCGAUCAAUAAUAAAGAAGAAAAUUAAAGAUAUUAAAAAAGCACAAGAAAAGCUGGAGAAACAGAAAGAAAAGUGUCACAAGAAGGAGAAGGAAGUUCGGAAAAGUGGCAGAGUAGUAGCCACUGUAGAAUCAAGCUGCUAAAAUGAGUUAAUAGUAUAAAGAACUGUGUCCUCCAAUGCAGUUUCAAGGGCUAAAGUGGAGCUAUGCCAGUAUAAUGCUUCAUUUAUUUUAUCAGACUUUACUUCAGCUUCAAGAAGUGUAACAAUUGUAUAUUACUGUAUAAUUAUGAAUGUAGGAGGGAGGAAACAUGUUUUUCAGUAUAGACUUUUUACCUCCAAUUUCCAUUCCUUCCCCAUUUAUAUGAUUCAUUAAAUGAAAUAUUUUCAAUUUUUUAUAUUUAGAGCAUUAACUUGUACUAAUGGACAGUAAAUUAAUUUCCCCAUAAGUAAUGUGUAUAUAUAUGUGCCUGACUGUUCCAGCUCCCUGAAGUAUCUAUUGAAACUGGUAUGUUCAGUUUCUGAACAUUAGAAUCUGAGAAAUUACAAUAUAAUGUUGGGUGGUAUCUAGUAUAAAGAGAAAAUAUCAGGUCACUGUGUUCUGUUGGAGAUAGUUUGCUGCCACUAGUGUAUAGAGAAUAAUUAAGUUUUUAAAAGUAAUAGAAAAUUAAUUUAAUCAAAUGUAAUGAAGUGUUUAAAAUACUGUAUUUUCCAGAGUUCAUUUUAAUUUCAAAACAUAUUGUAGUAAUAUAAUUCUUGACUUGCCUCUUUUUAUUUUCUAAGAUAAGAUAGCUCUAUGUUUCUAAGCUGCCAGGUAUGUUGGAACAGGAUUUCAAAGUUUACCAUUCAAUUUUUAUACACUUUUGUAUGGAAAUUUUAUAGUUCAAGUAAUGAAUAAGAUCGGACUGUAAUACAUACAUUACACUUUCUUACUCGAGAGUUUUGAGGACCAAAAUUAUAUUUUUGCUAAUUUUAAAAUGCUGUUGGUCUUCCAGGCUUAAAAUAAUACCAUGAUAGGCAUAGUUGGAGAAAAUGUUAAUGAAGCACUGGGUUUCUGCAUUGUACAUAAUUAUUCUGUAGACACAAAAGUCUUCCUUUUCAUGAGUAGCAUUUGUUUUCUAAAAUAGUGUAAAACACCAUUGCCAACUGCUCUUGGAGUAACAUCACUACAUUAAAGUGACAUUUCUGAAAAAUGAAAUAAAUUUCAUUAAAAAAGAUACACUUUGUGUUUUUACUAUGCUUAUUAUGUAAAAUACGAGUUAAUGGCAUGCACUUUUGAUAAAAUGGUUUUGUAAUAAAGGGUUAA